AUGCUCCCAACAACAACCACCACACUUCUACCCAUCACAACACCAUCUCCAGCAACCACAAACUCUGGUGGAACAACUACCUCCACCUGCCACUACCCCGCCUCCAACAAUCACCGGUAUAACAACCACCACCACCACACCUUCACCCACCACUACACUGCCUCCAACAUCACUGCCGUCUUCAACACCAAAUUUACUGAUGAUUGUACUUGGACUGGCAACAUAGCCAUACAGAAAAUCUGCUGCAAUGGACAAAACGGAUUUGUGUUUGAUAAUAUUAUUUGGAUUAUCACUGGUGACUCCUGGGAAAGCACAAUCAACAUCCCCAACAGCAGCUCCAACAACCAUAACAGCUCCAACAACCACAAUCACUCCAACAACUACAACUGCUGUUGCCACAACCACAACAACAGCUCCAACAACCACAACAACUGCUCCAACAACCACAACAAUGACUCCAACAACUGCAGUUGCAACAACCACAACAUUACCUCCAACAACUACAACUGCUGUUGCAACAACCACAACAUUGCCCCCAACAACCACAACCACUCCAACAACUACAACUGCUGUUGCAACAACCACAACAUUGCCUCCUACAAUCACAACAACAGCUCCAACAACUACAACUGCUGUUCCAACAACCACAACAACCACUCCAACAACUGCUCCAACAACUACAACGACGACUCCAACAACUACAACAACGACUCCAACAACUACAACAACCACUCCAAAACCUACAACUGCUGUUGCUACUACCACAACAUUGCCUCCUACAACCACAACAACAGCUCCAACAACUACAACUGCUGUUCAAACAACCACAACAGUGCCUCCAACAACUACAACAACUGCUCCAACAACUACAACAACCACUCCAACAACUACAACUGCUGUUGCAACAACCACAACAUUGCCUCCAACAACUACAACUGCUGUUCCAACAACCACAACAACAGCUCCAACAACUACAACAAUCACUCCAACAACGACAACUGCUGUUGCAACAACCACAACAUUGCCUCCAACAACUACAACUGCUGUUUCAACAACCACAACAACAGCUCCAACAACCACAACAAUGACUCCAACAACUACAACUGCUGUUGCAACAACCACAACACUGCCUCCUACAAUCACAACAACAGCUCCAACAACUACAACUGCUGUUCCAACAACCACAACAACCACUCCAACAACUACAACAACUGCUCCAACAACUACAACGACGACUCCAACAACUACAACAACCACUCCAACUGCUGUUGCUACUACCACAACAUUGCCUCCUACAACCACAACAAUGACUCCAACAACCACAACAACAGCUCCAACAACCACUCCAACAACUACAACUGCUGUUCAAACAACCACAACAGUGCCUCCUACAACCACAACAACAGCUCCAACAACCACAACAACAGCUCCAACAACCACAACAACCACUCCAACAACUGCUCCAACAACUACAACAAUCACUCCAACAACUACAACUGCUGUUGCAACAACCACAACAUUGCCUCCAACAACUACAACUGCUGUUCCAACAACCACAACAACAGCUCCAACAACCACAACAAUGACUCCAACAACUACAACUGCUGUUGCAACAACCACAACAAAAGCUCCAACAACUACAACUGCUGUUGCAACAACCACAACAACAGCUCCAACAACUACAACAACAGCUCCAACAACCACAACCACUCCAACAACUACAACUGCUGUUGCAACAACCACAACAUUGCCUCCUACAAUCACAACAACAGCUCCAACAACCACUCCAACAACUACAACUGCUGUUGCUACUACCACAACAUUGCCUCCUACAACCACAACAACAGCUCCAACAACCACAACAACAGCUCCAACAACCACAACAACCACUCCAACAACUACAACUGCUGUUGCAACAACCACAACAACAGCUCCAACAACUACAACUGCUGUUCAAACAACCACAACAGUGCCUCCUACAACCACAACAACAGCUCCAACAACCACAACAACAGCUCCAACAACCACAACAACUGCUCCAACAACCACAACAACAGCUCCAACAACCACAACAACUGCUCCAACAACCACAACAACCACUCCAACAACUACAACAACCACUCCAACAACUACAACAACCACUCCAACAACUACAACUGCUGUUGCAACAACCACAACAUUGCCUCCAACAACUACAACUGCUGUUUCAACAACCACAACAACAGCUCCAACAACCACAACAAUGACUCCAACAACUACAACUGCUGUUGCAACAACCACAACAAAAGCUCCAACAACUACAACUGCUGUUGCAACAACCAC